UUGUAACCCUAAUUUCUGGUUUUGGGCCGUCGGAUUGUGUGUUUGAUUGGCCUGUCGUGGGGAUGAUAGUGUUUGGAUUUUGUUUUUGGGUUCGAGUUACAUGUUCUUGUGUGUGAGUUUUUUGUGUGUAUUUGGUUUACAGGCUUUGGUGGCUUCUGAAUUUUUGGGUUGUAAUUAUGCUUUUCCAUGCGGGGCUUGGGAUUGGGUAUUGGCUUAUAUGAGUUGUGAUUGCUGUUGGGGUUGUGAGGGAUUCACUUUGUAGAAAUUUAAAUGCUUGGAAUUUGUUUUGCAGAUUUUGUAUGAAAAUUUUGUAUAGAAAGGUUAAAUUUUGUUAGAUGAAUGGAAUUUUGUUCCUCAAGGUUGGUAAGAUGCUAAAAUUUGACUUCGUUUUUUUAUUUUUAUUUUUUUUAAAAUUUUAAUAUAAAAGGAGUUCCUUUCCAUAGGUUCCUUUUUAACAAAGCAAGAAUGAAGGGUUUUCUGGACAUGUUGGAGAAAUUUAUCUGUCUAAGCCUAGAAAUGUACAGAACAGGAAACCAUAGUUUUGCGUUAGUGGAAUUUGGGUUUUUCACUGCUAAGCUAAAUUUGAAUUUCAAAGGGUCUGCUAUGGGUUCUAGAAUGGAAUCCUGCAGCAAAGAAGUGAUAUAGUAGAGCCAAUCUUGGUUCAGUAAGUUUUUGUUUGAGCGUAUAGGGUAUAGAACUGCAUUUUUAUGCUAUUUUCUUAUUGGGGGCAUUCUAUACCAAUGUUAGGAUAGAGCAGUAGUUCAUGCUGUGGAUUAAUUAUUGUCAAGAUAUCUAUCAUCUGCUAGCUUUUCCUGAAUGAAUAAUGGAGGCCUGAACAGUAAUGCAUCACAUUCUUCCCUUAUUUUAAAGUUCAUAUGUCCACUGCCAGUCUCAAAGUCCAAGUAUUGUGAUUUAGUGGUUUGUAAUUUUGGAAGGUGAUUUUGUUUCUGCUUUAUUGGUUUACAAACAAUUUUAGGAUAGUUAUGCUAUGUGUUUUGUUGAAUAUUUCUUUAGUGUACAGGCUAUUGGAAUCUGUUUGUUUUUUUUUUAAACUCUCCCAUUCAACACUCGUCUAUGCCAUUUUCUUUCACCUGAGGUUUCCAUAGUUGUUGAUUUUAACUUUGUAUUUGCUUUUAAAGUUGAAUUUCAGUCGCAAAUUGUUGUGAUUUUAAGAUUUGGUUUUGUGGGUGAUUAAUUAAGUUUUGACUUUAUAUUGGUUAUUUCAUCAAUAGGUUUCAUUUUUUCAUUGUUUUAUUUAUUUUCUUUCCCUGUUGGCUAAUAUUAUUGUUAUUUGAUUAAAAAUUGCUGCUCACUCACACAUUAGAAAGAUCAGACCUAAACUUCCAGUUCAUUUUCUAAAUCGCUUGGAAGCUUGUUUGUCAAACAGUUACUUGCUGUAAACAGCCUAGGCAUACUUGGCUCUUUGCCAAUGGACAAAGGAGUGCCUCCUACCCUAUUUGUUAAUGAUGGUUCGUUCAUGGAGAGGUUCAAACAGCUUCAGCAAGAGAAGGAGAAGGAUAAGGGUGUCAAACUAGAGGUGUCUAAACCGAUCAAAAUUGAAUCAGGGUCAUUGAAUCCUAACCACACCAUUAGUAGAACAAGUGGGAAACUUAAGACUAAUGAUACACGCAAGAACCCCCAGGCUGCUUCAGGUGGAAAACUUGCUUUUAGCUUGAAACAAAAGUCAAAGAUUGUGGCGCCUCCUGUUAAGUUAGGUGCAGAUGAGGAUGAAGAUGACACAGAUGCUGGGAAAGUUUUAGCUGAUGCACCAACGAAACGGCAGAAGUUAGAUCAAACUGAUGCCUCUGAGCAUUCAUCAAGACAAGUGGACGUUGCACCACCUUCUCCAAGUGAUCCUACAGUGAAGAUAGUUGCUGACAAAUUAGCAAGUUUUGUGGCUAAAAAUGGAAGGCAAUUUGAGCAUAUUACACGUCAAAAAAAUCCUGGAGACACACCUUUUAAGUUUCUAUUUGACGAAAGUUGCGCAGAUUACAAAUAUUAUGAGCAUCGGCUUGCUGAAGAGGAAAAGGGUCUUUCUCAGACUAGAGAAUCCCAAACAUCUCAUAAUGGUGGUACGAGCACUUCAGCUUCUAAAUCCACUAGCGGUUCCCAAAGGUCUCUUCAGCAGCAUAACUAUCAAACCCCUGCCGCUGCUUUAUAUGAAGCCACUGAAGAUCCGAGAGUUCAAACAACUUCAGCAGGAAGAUCUGGUGAAGCUAGUGCACCAACAUUUUCAGAUCCCAUAGCUAUGAUGGAGUUCUACGUGAAGAAGGCUGCACAGGAAGAGAGAUUGAGACAGCCUAAAUACUCAAAAGACGAAAUGCCUCCUCCUGCUUCUCUUCAAGGAGGUCCUGGGAAGAAAGGGCAUCACAUGGGUGAUUACAUCCCACAAGAAGAGCUUGAGAAAUUCAUGGCUACUUGUAAUGAUGCAGCUGCGCAGAAAGCUUUCAAAGAGGCUGGUGCCAAGGCCAAAAUUCAGGCUGAUAACGUGGGGCAUAAACUGUUGUCUAAAAUGGGUUGGAAAGAAGGUGAGGGUCUGGGGAGCUCCAGAAAUGGUAUUGCAGAUCCAAUCAUGGCAGGUAAUGUUAAGAAGGAUCACUUGGGGGUGGGUGCUUCCCAACCUGGGGAGGUGACUCCUGAGGAUGAUAUAUAUGAGCAGUACAAGAAGCGGAUGAUGCUUGGUUAUAAAUACAGACCUAACCCUCUGAACAAUCCUCGGAAAGCUUACUAUUGAGCAACUAUACUGUGGAAUUCUGCAUGUGAAGAUUUUCUUCAAGAAAUAACUUGAAGUUAGAUGCUUAAGAUGUGGUGUGAAAGAAAAAAAGGGGGGUGGUUCUAUUUUGGAAAAUCAAAAUUGUAUGGAUUUUUACGAAUUAUGAAUUUCAGUGUUUGACAAACUGCAACCUUUUAUUUAGAAAUCUAAUUUGAGCAACAUUAUUGUUCCUCUUCA